AUGCAAGUCAUGUUCUCAAAGAGAAGAUCUGGUUUGCUGAAGAAGGCAAACGAAAUUUCAGUGCUAUGCGAUGCCGAAGUUGCACUCAUCGUCUUCUCUACCAAAGGUAAGCUCUUUGAAUAUUCCAGCGAUCCAUGGAUUGCCUUCAGCUUUCCUCUGAUAUUACAUGUUAAAUAUGUGGGAACUGUUACCAUGUUGGGAACCUCUGGUUCUCACCCAUGCGGAUUUUGUGAUUUUCAUAUGCAGAACGUGAAGCUCCUCGCUAAGGGUGUUACAGCAGUAAGGACAGUUAUAGUAGCAGCAGGGAAGAUGGCCUUCUCUUCCACCUUGAUUCGUGAUUUCGGCGGCGGCAGCGGCAAGGAAAUUUACAAUAAUCACUUUAUCCAAUACAAACAGUUUCAGUGA